GUAAAGUUUGAUUACAACGAUCUGCUGGGAGUCACAAAUGAACUCAUGAUCAUCCAAAACAUAUUGACACGUAACACAUUGUACUACAUACCAGGAUAAAUCGUGUCGGUACCCCUUGGUACUGGAGUCGAGAUAGACAACCAUUUUCUAUUUUAGGUUAGGUGAUAAUUUUAUUUUUCACAAUGCAACUAAUGGCCGUAGGUGUGUUGUGUACGCUUUAAAUCGAGGCUUCGACUCAUCGAAUCGAAUGUUGUGAAGGUCAAAAACUGCCGCUGAAACAAUAACAUGACCUGGGAAAGUUUUUUUGAACAAUGAAAAUUGGGCUCCCGUGGGAUUUCGAGGGCUUUCUUCGGUGGAUUGAGGCUGAGCAGAUCCCCAAGAAAAUGGAGACCCAAACGACAGCAGAAUCAGGUUUUGGUUUCCUGGUACGACUGGCAUCGAGACCCAGAUUCCUGAACAUAGAAACCAAGCUCUUUCCCAAUGGUCUCCUCGCUAAGCAGACUGUCGAAAUAUGCGGCGACACAUCGACUGGAAAAACUCUGCUCUUGUCCCAACUCAUGACGAAGUGCCUCCUUCCCCCUGUAGUCGAGGGCCUAGGAAUCAGGAUCCUACUGCUCAACACAGACCAUCACUUCCUCGUCUCCAAGCUCUUCAAGUUGAUGUCAAGCAUCUUGAAGAAUAACUGGGGAAAAUCCGACGCCGAAGCCGAGAAGAUCAUCCGUGAAUCCCUCUCUAAUCUGACUAUCAUCAACUGCUACGAUUACUCUCAAUUAAUGGUAUCCCUGCACUCGUUGGAUCUGAUGCUCUUGAAGGAGGAGGCCGUCAGUCUCAUGAUGAUCGAUAGCAUCUCAUCGUUCUACUGGGUGCACAGAGAGCGAAAUGGUCUUUGCACGUUGGAUCAUUACGUGAAGAAUCUCCUCAGAAUAAUCCAGAAGCACACAUUCCAGGCGAACGUCCCUCUGAUCUACACAAAAUCCUGUGAAACUGGCUGGAAUGUUCGGGAGAGGAUUAAUUGUACUACCGAACCCACUCCUGAGAGCAUCAAUCACAGGAUAACAUUAGAGAGUAAUGACAGGGGAUUCAAUUGCAGAGUCGAGACUUCGAGUGAACAAGAAAAUUUUCAUUACAGAAUUACUGAUGAUGGAGUUCAUUGGCUUUGAAUAAAACUUGAAAAUUAAAAAAUUUCUAUUAAAAUUGAAUGGAAGAAGCUACACUGAGAGA